UUAUAUUUUUGGUUAAGAUCUCUAGAACAGUGUUAAAUAAGCGAUGACACUAAGCAUCUUGUCUGAAUCCUAACUUUAAUAGAAAUGCUUCUAAUUUUUACCUUUAAACAUGUAGGUGCUUAUUAUAGGUUUCUGAUAGUAAUACCUGUGGCAGUAACAGCAAAAACUGCACUAAGAGUAAGAGCUGUUACCUUUUACUGAGUAGUUAUUAUGAGCCAGAUGAUUCUAAGCACUUUACAUUUAUUCAUUUAUUUAACAUAACAUUCCUAGGUGGUAGAUGGGAAGGUGACGGGUGUUAUUCUGGUAGUCUCGUUUUUACAGAUAAGGGAAAUGAAAGUGAGGGAUGUUAAAAAACUUGCCUAAGAUGUUGUACAAAAAAUAGAGAAGCUGAGAUUUGAACACAGACAAUUUGGUUCCAGAGUCCCUGCUCUUACCUUCUUUAUUAUACUUCGUUGAUAUAAAGAUAGUCUCUUUUAGUCUUGGUUUUCUGACACUUUGUUGUUGUUUUUAAAUUUUAAAUGAACAGUUCUUGAAUAUUAUCAGAUAUAUUUCAAACAUCUAUUGGAAUGAUCAUGUUGUUUUUCGUCUUUAAUUUCUUAAUAUAGUGAGUGACAGUAUGUUUUCUCAUGUUAAAGUAUGCUUGGUAUUUUAGGCUAAAUACUUAUCAGUGUUCACAUUUUGAUUUUGUUUUUAAAUCUAGACUUUUUUGCACCAAUAUUCAUGACAGUUUGACAAUAGUUUUAUUAUGUAAUCCUUGUUUGAUUUCAUAUCCAAACAUCUAUGCAACUUGGAUUUCCGGCCAAGAUGGAAUAACAAGGACCAGAUUUACCCUCCUGCCUGAAACCAAAAACCAAAAAUAUAUAUAAAACAGUGAUAAUCAAGACACUGGACAUGAGGUGAUAAAAAACGAUCUUAGGAGAUGUGAAUGCAGUGAGCCCUAUGAUUCCACUGCCUACUGCCUCUUCAGUUUCCAGGCCAUGCAUGGUACAUACAGGUAGAGGAAACCCAGCCUGAGCCCAGUAGACACUCCUAAAGAAAUGACUGGGAAGACAAAAGUGACUAGACUUCACAGAACAGAAUACUGGAGAAGAUAUAGGACUCUGCAGGGGAAGCUUCGGAGGUCCCCCUCCUCUGUUCAGCUGAGUACUGAGCAGUGUGUAUAUGUAAAAUAAAGGAACUACCGAAGGCCAGGAAAAGAACCUCCUGAAAGGAUUAGAGUGAGACCCAAUGGAAAGAGCACGACAUUUGCAGGCAGAAGAUUUAGUUUCAAAUCCCUGCUCCCUCACUUACUAAUUUUGUGUUUUGGAAGUAUCUAUGCAAGAUGUCAAUGUUGCAGAUUUGGCUAGUGCAAGUCUUGUUUAUUUUCCUCACCACUGGAUCUAUGGGUCAACUUCUAGAUCCAUGUGGUCAUAUUAAUCCUGAAUCUCCAGUUGUACACCUUGGUUCUAAUUUCACUGCAGUUUGUGUGCUAAAGGAAGACUGUAUGGAUUAUUUUCAUGUAAAUGCUAAUUUCAUUGUCUGGAAAAUGAGCCAUUUUACCAUUCCUAAGGAGCAAUAUACGAUCAUAAACAAAACGGCUGCCAGUGUCACCUUAACAGAUAUAGCUUCCUUAAAUAUUCAACUCACUUGCAACAUUCUUACGUUUGGACAGAUUGAGCAGAAUAUUUAUGGAAUCACACUAAUUUCAGGCUUGCCUCCAGAGAAACCUAAAAAUUUGAAUUGCAUUGUGAAUGAGGGAAGGAAAAUGAUGUGUUACUGGGAUCCUGGAAGGGAAACAUACCUGGAAACAAACUUCACUUUAAAAUCUGAAUGGGCAACAGAGAAAUUUGCUGAUUGUAAAACAAAACGUGACACCCCCACCUCAUGCACUGUUGAUUAUUCUCCUGUGUAUUUUGUCAACAUGGAAGUCUGGGUAGAAGCAGAGAAUGCCCUUGGGAAGGUUACAUCAGAUCAUAUCAAUUUUGAUCCUGUAGAUAAAGUGAAGCCCAACGCACCACGUAACUUAUCAGUGAGCAACUCAGAGGAACUGUCUAGUAUUUUAAAAUUGACAUGGAUCAACUCAAAUAUAAAGAAUGUUAUAAGACUGAAAUAUGACAUUCAAUAUAGGACCAAAGGUGCCUCAGCUUGGAGCCAGAUUCCUCCUGAAGAUACAGCAUCUACCCGAUCUUCAUUCACUGUCCAGGAUCUUAAACCUUUUACAGAAUAUGUGUUUAGGAUUCGCUGCAUGAAGGAAGAUGGUAAGGGAUUCUGGAGUGACUGGAGUGAAGAAGCAAGUGGGAUCACAUAUGAAGAUAGACCAUCUAAAGCACCAAGCUUCUGGUAUAAAAUAGAUCCAUCCCAUACUCACGGCUAUAGAUCUGUACAACUCAUGUGGAAGACAUUGCCUCCUUUUGAAGCUAAUGGAAAAAUCUUGGGUUAUGAAGUGACUCUUACAAGAUGGAAAUCACGUUUACAAAAUUACACAGUCAAUGACUCAAAACUGAUAGUAAAUCUCACAAAUGAUCGUUAUAUAGCAACCCUGACAGCAAGAAAUGCAGUUGGCAGAUCAGAUGCAUCUGUUUUAACUAUUCCUGCCUAUGACUUUCAAGCUUCUCACCCCGUAAUGGAUCUUAAAGCAUUCCCCAAAGAUAACAUGCUGUGGGUAGAAUGGACUACUCCAAGCAAAUCUCCAAACAAAUAUAUACUUGAGUGGUGUGUGUUAUCGGAUAAAUCUCCCUGUAUCCCAGACUGGCAACAAGAAGAUGGUACCGUGUAUCGCACCUAUAUAAGAGGAUACCUGGCAGAGAGCACAUGCUAUUUGAUAACAGUUACUCCAGUAUAUGCUGAUGGACCAGGAACCCCUGAAUCUAUAAAGGCAUAUCUUAAACAAGCUCCACCUUCCAAAGGACCUACCGUUCGGACAAAAAAAGUAGGGAAAAAUGAAGCUGUCUUAGAGUGGGACCAACUUCCUGUUGAUGUUCAGAAUGGAUUUAUCAGAAACUAUACUAUAUUUUAUAGAACCAACAUUGGAAAUGAAACUGCUGUGAAUGUGGAUUCAUCCCACACAGAAUAUACACUGUCCUCUUUGACUAGUGACACAUUGUACAUGGUACGAAUGGCAGCGUACACAGAUGAAGGUGGGAAGGAUGGUCCAGAAUUCACUUUUACUACACCAAAGUUUGCUCAAGGAGAAAUCGAAGCCAUAGUCGUGCCUGUCUGCUUAGCAUUCCUAUUGACAACUCUUCUGGGAGUGUUGUUCUGUUUUAAUAAGCGAGACCUAAUUAAAAAACACAUCUGGCCUAAUGUUCCAGACCCUUCAAAGAGUCAUAUUGCCCAGUGGUCACCUCACACACCUCCAAGGCACAAUUUUAAUUCAAAAGAUCAAAUGUAUUCUGAUGGCAAUUUCACUGAUGUAAGCGUUGUGGAAAUAGAAGCAAAUGACAAAAAGCCUUUUCCAGAAGAUCUGAAAUCACUGGAACUAUUCAAAAAGGAAAAAGUUAGUACUGAAGGACACAGCAGUGGUAUUGGGGGAUCUUCAUGCAUGUCUUCUUCAAGGCCAAGCAUUUCUAGCAGUGAUGAAAAUGAGUCUGCACAAAAUACUUCAAGCACUGUCCAGUACUCUACUGUGGUACACAGUGGCUACAGACACCAGGUUCCAUCAGUCCAAGUCUUCUCAAGAUCUGAGUCCACCCAACCCUUGUUAGAUUCAGAGGAGCGGCCAGAAGAUCUACAAUUAGUAGAUAAUGUAGACGGCGGUGAUGGCAUUUUGCCCAGGCAACAGUAUUUCAAACAAAACUGCAGUCAACAUGAAACCAGUCCGGAUAUUUCACAUUUUGAAAGGUCAAAUCAAGUCUCGUCAGUCAAUGAGGAAGAUUUCGUUAGACUUAAACAGCAGCAGAUUUCAGGUAUUUCACAGUCCUGUGGAUCUGGGCAAAUGAAAAUGUUUCAGGAAGUUUCUGCAGCAGAUGCUUUUGGUCCAGGUACUGAGGGACAAGGAGAGAGAUUCAAAACAGCUGGGAUGGAGGCUGUGCUUGAUGAAGGAAUGCCUAAAAGUUACUUACCACAGACUGUAAGACAAGGUGGCUACAUGCCUCAGUGAAAGACUAGUUUCUGUUACAACUUGAGAAGUACCUAUAAAGUAAAGCUAAAAAUAUUAUCUGUGAAUUCAGAUGAAAAAUAAUCUUCACUCUCUGAAGGUGAUCAUUUGCCCUUAAGGACAAAAAUGUACUGAACUCUCCAUGGGCUAUUUCCAUCCCAGACUAUCUGGGAUUCUUCUUUAAGCACUACAUAAACUGACUUUAUCCUCUGAAAA